CCCAGUCUCUGUGUCCUCCGACCAUGGGUACGUCGGUUUAGGGGGGCACUGCACUUGCAAAUACCCACCACGACGCCGUCAAACGACAAGAUCACAUCAAGAGGAGGAAAUAUUUGAUUCCAUCUUGGAGGGGAGGGGGCACAGAGUGAACGAUCAUUGAGUGGAAAACGGGUCAUCUCCAGCAAAAGGAAUAACUAUUUUCUCCAACAAUUCUCAAAUUUAUGUACCUAAUUUCUCGGAUUGUACACAAAUCUUUCUUUUUAUCAAAUUCAUUAUCAAAGUGAAUUUGCGCUUUUGGAUUAUCAUCUCAGAUUGACUGUGUCCUCUUGCAUCCAAGGGAUCUAUAUACUUAUCCCUCCCACCUGGAACAAUUUAGAUGAGCUCACCCUGUUAAUAACUUGCCAGUGUAGGCCUGCUUUGACUGCUGGAUGACUACACAACUUCUGAGUGUUUUCCUUUCCAUGCAGCCGGCCACCUCUGGAUUCACAUACCAUUCCUGAGUUCAAUUCUCGCUUUCGUCACCCUUAACGUCAAUUCCUGGUCCUCUUUUAUCUUCUGUUUGGAGCUGAGCAGUGCGCAGUAAGGAGCCAUGGUGCUGCUAAAGAUGAAGUUCACCCAGCAGAGGCGAGUGCGUCUGGCCCAGGGCCUGUGGCUCUUGUCCUGGAUGGCCGUCCUGUGUGGGUCCUUCGUCUUUUCUCUGGGUGUCUACCUUAAGAUAGAGCUGCUUCGUAGGUCUGAGGUGAUGGAGAACACAGAGAUCCACGUGGUUCCCAACAUCCUGAUGUUGGUGGGCCUGGCCUCCAUCGGUACUAAUUGGGUGGCCGGCCGGGUGUGCCAGGACUCCUUGGACCCGAGCCGCUUCCCACGCUGGAAGGUUCUCCUGCUGGGCUGGUACGCUGUGGCCGCACUCCUCUGUUGCUUGCUCAUCGCAGUGGUGGUGCUCACCUACGCCCUGCAGGGACACCUGGAAGAAUCUCUGAAGGUUGGUUUGAGGAAUGGGAUCCGUUUCUACAAGGACACUGACGUUCCGGGCCGCUGUUUCCAGAAAGAAACCAUCGAUCAUCUGCAGAUGGAGUUCCGUUGCUGUGGAAACACCAACUUCAGGGAUUGGUUUGAGGUGCAGUGGGUCAGCAACAGAUACCUGGACUACACCUCCAAGGAUAUCAAGGAUCGCAUCCGCAGCAACAUAGAUGGACGCUACCUGCUGGAUGGCGUCCCGUUCAGCUGCUGUAACCCCGCUUCCCCUCGGCCCUGCCUGCAGUACCACCUGUCAGACAACAGCGCUCACUACAACUACGAGUUCCAGAAUGAGGAGCUCAACCUGUACAACCGUGGCUGCAGGCAGGCUCUGAUCGACUACUACAUGGACCUGAUGAAUUCAACCGGUCCUGGUGUGCUAUCAGUCAUCUUGAUACAGAUGUCAGUCCUGUUGAGCCUGCGCUACCUGCAGACUUCGGUGGAAGGGGCCAUGGCUCAGGAGCAGCCGGAAGGUGUCAGCGAGGGCUUUCUUCUGGAGAAGGGAGUGAAGGAGACCUUGGAGGAAGCCAAAGUAAAAAUCCUGCUCAUGCUGAAGUUUGGCCAGGUCGACCCCGGUGCAGCCGAGGGCUCCCCUGACGCAGAAAAGGCCCCACCAUCUUCCAGCUAGAAAAUAAUUGAAUAAAAUCAAAAGCGAAAUAAUGCUGGAAAUUGGGGGUCGUGUCUAAGUUUUCUUGGUUGGGUGUGAUUUGGCUGGUGGCAGGUAGAACAACUCUUGGUUUUGAAAUAAGGCUUGAUUAAUGCUCCACCAAAACAGCAGCCAAAACAUUGUAACACAAAUGGAAGGACGUCAGGAACGUGUGACCAUCAGAAGCUCUGUUCAUGAGAUGUGUAGUACUUUUUGUUCUAACUGUAUUAAAACAGGUUUAGCUCACAUUUUGACCUUAAUUUUAACCUGAUAUCAUAGUUCACCCCGAGUGCACUGUAUUAAUCAUCUCACAGCAUUAGAGUUUUUACUGAACUGCAAUGAAAUGCUUUGGAAACUGUUUUAAAGUGGCAAUGCACAUAUAGCAUAUUAAAGUUAGACAUUUUUAACCGCU